ACAAACUAUCCUGAAGGGUAUCAUAAUACAUACCAUGAACCAAUUUCCUCCGUCGUCCCCGUUGCUUUCAGCACAUGAGGACUUGAACGAAACAGACGCCUUUAGCUUAGGCGUCAAGCCAGUACCACCCCAAAUGCCCCCAAAGACCCACAAGUUGGGCGACAGCUUGUAUCAGAGAACCACCCAAACCGGCUACCCCUCCCCAUACCCAUCCUCUACCGCCGGUAGGUCUUCCUCGCCAUCCAGACAGGUACACAGUGACGCGUUGGAAUCAGAUGCCAGCUCACCUAUAAAGCACGCUACAAGCGCCAAGAGAGACUUGUACCCCCCAAAGAUCGCCAUCUCUGCCUUCGAGAAGCUAAAGAGAGUCCAAUUCAUGUCUCCCGCCAAGCAAGAGGUCGCUCCCCAGCUCCAGGCCGAACCAUUACCAUUUGAGGUGUUGGAGCCGUUGGCCCACGUCAAGCGGAUUCCAAUUCCUUCGGUGAACGAAUCCGUCACCAUUGGUAGAUCUUCCAAGUCUUGCGACUACGCGUUGAAUUGUGAUAACAAGUUGAUUUCCAGAUCCCAUCUCUCCCUCACGACUACCGAAACGGGGAUCGAGGUUGUUUGCUUGGGUUGGAACGGCAUCAGUUUGACGCUUCCAUGCAAAGCUUCCGUCAAGUUUGCUAAUGGGAAGCAGGAGGACUUUGAGGUCAUCACUGAGCACGACGUUGCCUUCAGAGACAUGGCCAGAAGUGGUGUAUCGAACGUUCCGCGUUCUGUGACUGCUGAGGGCAGCAGCACCUCUUUCUUCAUUUUGAGGAACGAGAGGUUGAAGGUUCCAAAGAUGGAAGGUAUGAUUAUCGACAUCAGGGGCGAGUCGAUCUUGCUUGAGCUUAGCGAUGAGGGUGAAACCGACGAAGAAACCAGUGAAGAGUUGUUUAAAGCUAUUGAACCGGGUACAACCGAGCAGCCGGUCGUUGAAAUCGCCAAGGUGCCAGCGCCAGUGGCCUUUACCCCUGAACAAGCCAACGCUGCUGAACUACUUGGUUUGCCAAUGAGGGGUACUCCAGCUUUGCCCCAGGUGCAAGCACCAGCGACUCCAACGAAGAGCAUGGCUCCACCAAAGCUGGUGGAAGUUGCACCUACCGCUGCCCCAGUUGCUGUGAAAACGCCAGUUGCUCUUCAAAUACCGCAAGCCACCCCAACCGUCCUUUCCACUACGAUCAAGACUGCGGCCAGAGAAGAGAAACAAGCAGUGGCUGCUGCUGCUGCUGCCCCUCCGUUUGAGAUUUUACGGGAUGCCACCCCCGCCGCUACUGAACGGGCUGAAUCAGCCACAGACAGGGGCAUUUUGGCCCGGAGGGAUACCAAUAUCCCAGCCCAGGGUACGCCAGAGACCGAAAAGAGGGAGGCUCUUACUGAUAGCCCAGAGUCUGCCAAGAGACACAGGACUGAGGCAGAACUGGAUCUCGAACACACUCUUUCCAAGAGAUCCAAGUCGCAGGAACCGGCCUCCCCGGACCAGGUCGAGGAGAUUUUGGCGCUGAUCAAAGGCUUGACUAAUAUCGAGAAUGUGUUGAUCAACCACUUGGCCUUCUCCAGAUUAUCCUCCACGCCGUUAUCCUCGUUGUCCGCCAUCAGCCACUUUACCGCAAAAUUGUCGAGAAGGGAGUUGAGGGCAGUGCUCGCAAGCGUGGCUUGUUUGGGGGUUAUCUACAGAACCGGCAAAGAUGCCGCGGGUAAGCCUCUUGACGAGGAGUACUACUACAGCCCAGAGCACGACGACGACGGGAACAGACAGAUGCUCGUUGCUAACAGCCGUGGUGGUAAGAGUUUAAGAUCUUGCAGAAAAACCCACAAGCAGUACUUCUGGAAGAAACCAGCCCCGGCCCACAAGAAGUACUAAGCAGUGCUUGCCCACAUUCACCCGCAUUCCUACAUUCCUCGUACUUUUCUGCGACGGAGUCACCAUAUCUACCACUUGGCUUUUAUCCUUUGGCAUCCGCUUUUUCUUUCCUAUCUGUGUACCAUACUGUGUAUAAUAAUAGAGAUUUUGUUCUCCUCCCCU